AGGACCAGCAACUUGUUCCCGACAGCUGCUGUAAAACUCCCAGCAGCCUCUGCGGCCUCAGAGACCAUCCCUCUAAUGUCUACAAGGUGGAGGGAGGCUGUGUUGUGAAAUUGGAGGAGUUUAUUCUCAGUCAGCUGUAUAUUGUGGGUGCACUGGGCAUUGGGAUUGCAUUUUUACAGCUAUUUGGGAUGAUCUUUACUUGCUGCCUUCAUCAAAAUCUGAAAGAUGAGCCAUACUGAUGUUGUAUUUUUUUAGUGUCAUUACCUCAUGAGCGCUUGGAGACUUACGUGCCUUCAAUUGACAAGUUUGGACUUUAAAAUUGUACACGCUUGAGCCACUUUUAUGCUGCUGGGCAGCACUUCACUGCAAAAUGUUGUCUUCCUUUCUAUGUGGAGGAUAAUGCAGAAAAAUGCUAGCUUCAUGUGGUUUUAUGUUAUUUACAUCGACUGCACUGCUGUUUUUGGUGUGUCACAUGGUUUAAAGAAAUGCACGCUCAAUAUAAUAAGAACAAUAAAAAUCAUUGUGUUAGCGUGAUUGCCAAUAAAAAGGCAUUUUAUUAUUUCUAUGUAUUGCUGACAAUGCAUUUUAGUGAGAAUGUCAUACAACCCGGCAGAAGUUUGAGGGAUUUGAUUUUUUUUUAAUCAAACUGAUAAACUUUUUUUGUUUUUGCAACUAUUGACUCAUUUUGAAUGAGAUGCCUACAACACGUUCCAAAAAAGCUGAGACUGUAUGUUUACCACUGUGUUACAUCACUUUUCCUUUUAACAACAUAAUAAGCGUCUGGAAACUGAGACCACCAUUGUUGAAGCUUUAUAAGUGGAAUUAUUUCCCAUCCUUGAUUUGAUGUACAACUUCAGUUGCUCAACAGUCCAGGGUCUCCGUUAUCAUAUUUUGUGCUUCAUAAUGCAAUGCAAUUUUCAUUGGGAGACAGGUCUGGACUGCUGGCAGGUCAGUCUAAUACUCACACUCUUUAAGUACAAUGCAAUACUGUGCAGAAUGUAUCUCGGCAUUGUCUUACUGAAAUAAGCAGGGACGUCCCUGAAAAAGACGUUGCUUGGAUGGCAGCAAAUGUUUCUCAAACUUGCAUGUACAUUUCGGCAUUAAUGGUGCCUUCACAGAUGUGGAAGUUACCCAUGCCAUGGGCACUAACACACCCCAUACCAUAACAGAUGCUGUCUUUUGAACUUUUUGAACUUGUCAUGAAAUAAUCCAGAUGGUUCUUUUCCUCUUUGGACGACAUCCAUGAUUUCCCAAACAAUCUGAAAUGUGGACUCGUUUGCAUCAGUCCUCUAACAUGAGCUCAAGCCCAGAGAAGCCGCUGGUGUUUCUGAAUGUUGUUGAUGCAGUAUAUGGCUUUCGCUUUGCAUAGUAGAGAUUUAACUUGCAUUUGUACAGUAGCUGUAUCGACCAACCGUGUCCACUGACAAUGGUUUUCUGAAAUGUUACUGAGCCCACGUAGCAAUAUUCUUACACAAUGAUGCCACUUUUUUAAUGCAGUGCCUUGGUUUUUGGCGUUGUUGGAUUUCUCCAGAUUUUUGGAAUCUUUUGAUGAUAUUAUGGACCAUAGAUGAUGAAAUCCCUAAAUUCCUUUCAAUUCUACGUUGAGAAACGUUUUGAUUUGUUCACGCAGUUCACAAAGUGGUGAACCUCGUCCUUGCUUGUGAACAACUGAGCCAUUUGUGGAUGCUCAUUUUAUACCCAAUCUUGACAUUCACCUGUUUCUGAUUAAUAUGUUCACCUCUGGAAUGUUCAAAAUAGGUGUUUUCUGAGCAUUCCUCAACUUUCCCAGUCUUUUGUUCCUGCUUUUUUUUUUUUUUUUUGCAAUGUGAGGUUACAGGCAACAAAUUCAAAAGAGAGAGAAUAUUUGCAAAAGACAAUAACUUUCAUCAGUUUGAAUAUGAAAUACCUUGUCUUUGUAGUGUAUUCAAUUGAAGUUGGGUUGAAAAGGAUUUGCAAAUCAACGUAUUCUGUUUUUAAUUUACGUUUUACGCAACGUCAUUGGAAUUUGGGUUUGUAGAAGAAGCCAAUAAAAAAUAGUAAGCACAGCAGUAACUGAGCGUACCUUAUGUCGUGUGAUACUGUGUUCUUACUUUGCUGCGCAAAGUACAUUUGGUAAUGUUAACCACCUUGUGUAUGAAUAGUACUGUAAGUGGACUUAUGUAAUGCUUGUGCAUUUAUGACAAAAACUGUAAUAGCGCCCUCUGCUGAAAAGUAGAAAGAAUGCAUUUUUCACUAAUGAGACUCAGUGCGGUUUCUUUUUUUGUGAAGGUCUUCAGGCGGAUGUUUUGGUCAGCUGAUCUUCCUUCCUCGUCGCGUUCGCUUCCUGUUGACAAUCGGCAAAUAUACGUUCGAUCGCUUCGGUAUAUUGUCAAAAAUUGAAUGUCAAGUGAGCUGAAAGAAUCAGAAUGUCUGCGAAGCCGACGUGUUUGAUUGUGUUGAGCGCUUCUCCUCAAGGUGCGUUGGGCAACGCGAGAAAUACGAUCCAUUUUUUUCUUCCCGUUUCAUGUUUGAGUGUUGUUGUAAUUGUGUCGUUUGUUCAAUGGCGCAAAGGAGUGUCAGUAAAGUCUUUCCAGCAGUGCUUCAGUCUUUGCUCCUCUGUGUUUAACCUCCAGACAGCCACGCCGGCGGGGAAGCCAAUGGAUUUCGUUGGGGUGGAUGACAGCACGUCCAGAUGGGUGCAGGACUUCAACAUGAAACCAUACGCAACUCCCGCCAAACUUGAAUCCAUCGAUGGUGCUCGGUACCAGUCUCUGCUCAUCCCGGACUGUCCUGGAGCGGCCGGCGACCUGGCGCACAGCGGCUCACUGCACCGUAUUCUGUCACACUUCAUCUCUCAGCAAAAGCCCGUGUGUGCAGUCGGACAAGGAGUGUCGGCGCUGUGUUGUGCCACGGAGGCAAACAGGUGGAUCUUCAACGGGUAUAGUUUGACUGGGCCGUCGGUGUUUGAACUAGUGCGCAGGACGGACUUUGCCAACCUGCCUCUUAUCGUGGAAGACUUUGUGAAGGACAGCGGCGGCUCGUACACAGCGAGCCAAGAGGACGCCGUGCACGUCGUCGCCGACAGACACCUGAUAACGGGACAGAACACGCAGUCCACCUGGCUUGCGGUCAACAAUUUAAUUCUGCUCACUAGCGCCAAGUAAGCUUACCUGUGUCACAUUUUGAAUUUUCAUAACACUGUACAGUGGUACCUCGACCUAGGAGUUUAAUUUGUUAUUUGACCAAGCUGGUAACUCAUUUGCAUAUCAAACAAAUUGAAAUGUUGUUAAUCCAUUUUAGCCCCCCCCAAAAUCCCAACAUUAUUAUUUUUUAACGAAACAUAACUGUAUUGUAUAAAAACAUGUAAUUACUGUACGUACUGCGGUAUUCAUGUGUUGAAUGUACCAUUGUGAGUGACGUCAGAAUUUCCCUGCUGGUAUUCAUCUAAUUUUGUAUUUGUGUAUUUGUCCCGUUCAAUAAACAGCUGAAGGUGCCUCA